UGUUUUGGUGGCGACGUGAGAGGCUCCGCACGCCCGACCCGCCUCGGCGCCGCAGUUGGGCUCCCCGCUCCCGCGCGCGAGGCCGUCUCGCUCCCCGGAGGUGGCGCUUCCCGGUGCUCUGGCGACUUCUCUUGUGGAUGAAAGUGACUCUGCGAAGGGAUGAUGUGACACAGACCGAAGGGACUGCGCUGGGGAGGCCCUCGGACCUUCGCAGGUGGACAGGCUCACUCCGCCUCUGCGCCGAAACUCAGAGCGAAGUGGGGAAAAGUUGCUGGUUCUUUAUCGCUCUCCGCCGAAAGAGGGAGAUCAUGAUACGGCUUAAAACAUUUUCUGCUUCGACCUGACAAACUGUGAAUAUCACAUUUUAAAAGAACAUUUUCUCUACUUUUUAAGUUUUUGUGUAAGUUAAGUUUUCUUUGCAGACUCUCGAUUUAGAAGAGAGAAUAGAAGGAAAGCAAACAGUGUGACAGAAAAGAAAAUAAACCAAACCGCCCAAGACAAAAAACAAAACAAAAACAAAACAAAACAAAACAAAAACAAAUUUAAGAGAUCCACAAACAACUCCCUCAGAGGAAAACAAACUCACGGCCUCAGCAACUCCGGCCGAAGAUGUUUCUCUCCCACAAAAAACCUACGCCAAGUUCGGAAGUGCGUCCCGCCCUUUCAUAAAGCGACAGCAUCCACAUCUUCCUGCCGUGAGAUGUCAGCCUCACCUUGAACAAAGAUGCUGAAGCUCAUCUACCUGACUUUCCUGGCGAUCUCGGUGGUGGCCAACGAGGCGCGGAUGCCAUCGGCCGCCGGAGGAGCCAACGCCACGGACGCCACCCCCCUCCCCCCUUCCAGCUCCCCCCCCGCCUCUGGCAACGACCCUGCCAGCCGCCCCCUGCCGCCCUUGCAACAGGCCACGCCCUCUCCGACGCCUACGCCCACAGUCUUGACGCAGGCGGACACCACGCCCGACGCGUACCUGGCGUGCAUCCAGGGAGACGUCGAGGGCGAGGCGGAGGGCCCGGGGGAGGGGGGCGAGGAGGACACUCCGGCGGCGGACUUCGGAAAAGGUAUCAGGUGCCCCGCUUUGCACGACGGCUUGGCUUGCUGGCCCAACACCGCGGGGGGUAUGUACGCCCUGGUACCUUGCCCGGCCUCGUUCACACUCCAUCCGAAUACCACCAAGCGCGCGUCGAGGUACUGCGGCCAAGAUGGCGAAUGGGAGGCCGACGCAGCGGACUACUUGGCCUGCGCGACGGAUGAUAUAUUCACGAAGGAGGGAGCCAAGAGGAAAGCCGAGGACAUGCAAGAGAGCGACUCUUCCGCCAUCUUGCACUCGAUCAUCGCCGCGCGCCUCGAGAUGUGCGUCCAGCUCAUGAACGAAAUUCCAAGGCCGACGGAUGGUCGUCUGUUUUGCCCGAGGUUGUUCGACGGCUGGUCUUGCUGGAACGACACGCCGGCGGGGGAGACUGCCUACUCGCCCUGCCCCUACUUUAUAACGGGGUUCGACCACAGGCGUCAGGCACAUAAGGUUUGCAACGAAGACGGGACAUGGUUCAAACACCCGGAUAACAACCGCACUUGGUCCAACUACACGACCUGCAUUGACCUGGAUGACCUGAUGAUGCGGCAGCUGAUCAACACCAUCUACAUCGCCGGGUAUUCUGUGUCGCUCAUUGCUCUCGCCAUUUCCCUGGUCAUCUUCUUCUAUUUUAGGAACCUCCAGUGUACAAGAAUUCGCCUCCACAAGAAUCUGUUCGUCAGCUUCAUGAUCAACAACAUCAUGUGGAUUGCAUGGUAUCUCGAAGUGGCUGGCAAACCCGAUACGGUCUUGAAUAACAGUAUCGGCUGCCAGGUCCUGCACAUCCUCGUCCAGUACUUCCUCGUCUCGAGCUACUACUGGAUGUUCUCCGAGGGGCUGUACCUGCACAUGCUCCUGAUGGUGGCCUUCGUCGCCGAGGACCGCCUCAUGAAGUGGUUCUACCUGCUGGGGUGGGGGGCGCCCGCUCUCAUCAUCGUCGUGUACGCCGCGGCGAGGGGAUCGGCCGGAACGACGGACACGCAGUACUGCUGGAUCGAGGAGAGCCACUACACCUUCAUCCUCUCGGCGCCGGUGUGUGUGUCGAUCCUGGCCAACCUGGUGUUCCUAGUCAACAUCGUCCGCGUGCUGGUGACCAAGCUGAGGGCCAACCACGUCGCGGCGGACACCAAUGGCACUCGCAAGGCAGUCAGGGCCACGCUCAUCCUCAUCCCGUUGCUCGGCCUCCACUACGUCCUCAUGCCUUUCAGGCCAGCAAAGGGUUCACAUUGGGAGUUUGUUUAUGAAGUUAUUUCAGCCGUCGUGUCGUCCUUUCAGGGAUUCUGCGUGGCGCUUUUGUUCUGUUUCUGUAAUAGUGAGGUGAUCAUGGCAGUGAAGAAAAAGUGGUACCAGUAUCAGUUCAUGCACGAUCAUCGACGUUUCUCAUUUACGUCUGCCUGCAUCAUGUCCGUAAACGGUGUGCAUGGCAAGGGA